CUGAGGAUUUACUGUCAGGAUCGUCAGACUCAACUGAGCUCUCAGGACCUCUCCUUUACGGAUUCCAUUUUCUGGAUUGUUCCUCCAGAGACUCGACCCUGCAGGAGUCCUGAGCAAGAGAUUUCCAAGUCGGUGAGUACUAUGAGGAACAUGCCUUUGAAUGGGCUGGAUCCUGGAAUCAGACUGCAGGGCUUCCAUUGUGUUUAGACCGGGAAGCAGCAUGCUAACAAACCGGUGAACCGCUGCGGCCCGUCAAGCCCCCGCCCUCGUCACCGCCCCGCGCCAGCGACCCAGCUCCGGUGGGGGGGGGGGUGUGACUCCAGACAGUUCCACUCAGCCCGAAACACCUAGGCCAACGCCAUGGAUUUCCUUCUACCCAUCAGAAGUCGAGACAGGAUGUCUUUCUCCGGCUCUGAACCUCUUCUGGGCCCUCACAGUAGCUGCACCAGGCACCACUACCACGGCGUCAAAAGAAAGCUGCGGCCCGGACGGAUUAUGGGCUUCAUCAUCAGCAUGGUGGCGGUCUGCAUAUUCUGUUCAUGGAGUGCCUUGUCACUGGUCACGGCAGUGGCCAAGGAGCUGGCGUCGCCCGCUGAGGGUUCGGCAGAAGAAGCGGCGGCGGCGGCGGUGCCCCAAAGAACUCUUCUGCAACACCACAACCUGUCGGCCGGGCCGGAGGACAAACCGGUGGCCAUGAAGUCGUCCGACAUGGAGAUGAAUCACGGGGACUACCCAGUGGACUUGUUUACCGUGGAGGAGAGACGUCAGGGCUACGUGUGCUUCCAUAUGUUUGGCAUGCUGUACAUGUUCAUAGCCUUAGCCAUCGUCUGCGACGAGUUCUUUGUCCCGGCACUCACUGUUAUCACAGAGAAGCUGCAGAUAUCCGAUGAUGUGGCCGGAGCCACCUUCAUGGCGGCGGGGGGGUCCGCCCCGGAGCUCUUCACGUCCGUCAUAGGCGUCUUUGUCUCCCACAGCAAUGUGGGCAUCGGUACCAUCGUGGGCUCCGCUGUCUUCAACAUCCUGUUUGUCAUCGGGAUGUGUGCCCUGUUCUCCAAAGAGGUGCUGAACCUCACCUGGUGGCCUCUGUUCCGAGACGUGUCGUUCUACAUCGUUGGCUUGCUCAUGCUCAUCUAUUUCUUUCUGGAUAAUGAAAUCACACUGGGGGAGAGUAUCGGCCUGCUCUCCUGCUACACCUGCUAUGUGACAUUCAUGAAGUUCAAUGCCAAAGUAGAAUUUGUCAUAAAAACCUUGCUGGGCAGCAACCAGGUGGACGAGCUGGAGACGCCACCAAAGGUCGAUGCCCCGGGGGCAGCUGGAGAUGACGAGAGCAAGCUGACCGCCAAACCGAGGCUGCAGAGGGAAGGCAGCUGUGCCUCUCUGCACAACUCACUGAUGAGAAACAGCAUCUUCCAGCUCAUGAUACACACUCUGGACCCUCUCAGUGACGAAGGUAUGGGACAAUUCAAAGAGAAGGCAUCAAUCCUUCACAAAAUGGCCAAGCAGAAGUGUAAAGAAGAAGCUGCCUGUGCCAACGGUGUAGGGCCCCCCUCCCAGACACAAGCUUCAAGAAAUGCACAUUCUGAUAAAAACAUCCCGAACAGUUCAAAUGUUGCAGUGGAAGUCACACCCCCCACGAACGGUGUGGCAGGAGGAGACGAGGAUGAGGAGGAGGAUGAAGACCAGCCUCUGAGCCUGGCCUGGCCAGACAGCACCAGGAAAAGGUUGACGUACCUCAUCAUCCUGCCCAUAAUCCUGCCACUGUGGCUCACACUGCCCGACGUCAGAAGAGAGACCUCAGCGAAGUUCUUCCCCAUCACUUUCCUCGGCUCCAUCAGUUGGAUCGCUUUCUUCUCCUACCUGAUGGUGUGGUGGGCUCACCAGGUUGGAGAAACGUUCUGGAUCACAGAGGAGAUAAUGGGUCUAACAAUAUUAGCAGCUGGCACCUCAAUCCCUGACCUGAUCACCAGUGUGAUUGUAGCACGAAAAGGCCUCGGGGACAUGGCCGUCUCCAGCUCCGUGGGCUCGAACAUCUUUGAUAUCACUGUGGGGCUGCCGUUCCCCUGGCUCGUCUACAACAUCCUCAACGACUUCAAGCCAGUCGAAGUCAGCAGCAACGGCUUGUUCUGCGCCAUUGUCCUCCUCUUCCUCAUGCUCCUCUUUGUCAUCAUCUCCAUCGCGGCUUGCAAGUGGAGAAUGAGCAAGUUCCUGGGCCUUCUCAUGUUCAUGCUUUACAUCGUCUUCCUGGUCGUUAGCGUGAUGCUCGAGGACAAACUCAUCGUCUGCCCCAUCACCGUCUGACAGAGGGAGAGGGACAAAUGUUAUGCACAGAUGUGCUUGCGUGCACAGUGGGAUUUAGAAGAGAGAGAAGAAACGCUGACACGGACACAAACUGUCUCUGAUCUGUCUCACUUACACACACAGUAGUAGACGGCAUGCAAACAGACACACACACACACACGCACACACGCACACGCAAGCUAAAGAAAACGAACCGACACAGGUUGUGGAUGUCAGUUAGGCAGAGACUGAUUGGCUUAAAUCAGUCCUAGCGGUGCAUCACACACGUCCAGCGGUUUGCAAAGAAGCCUGUAGGUCAUCGACCCUCUUUUCACCGCGGGACUACGUCCAGCGGUCUUUGGGUUGGCCAAGAUGGAAAGUUUCAAUUGAAGAUCACCAGAGAUUGUGUUUUAUUUUUUAAUGAAAGUACCAGGUGGCAGUAUAAGAAGUACCUCCCACUACUCAUGCAGGAAGUUAAGCGCAUAAAUUGAAUGUGGGGGCUGAAAAAGACUUUUAUUUAGAUCUGCUCAUUUUUCCUCCUGUAUGGCUUUGCAAAGGCAUCAAAGGACAAAUGUUGAGUGUUAAAAAAAAUGUUUUUCAUUACAGUAUAUUUGAGGACAUAUUUGGCAGAAAUGAUUACUUUACGUCCUAUUCAUGAUAGGAUACUAUUCUAUGAUAGGUUACAUGAAUGCUAAAUAGUUACGUUAGAGCUUACACAGGUAGUAGGUUCUAUGGUGUCGUCAUGCUCAAUAUAUUCCAACUUUUUCAUGUCAUAAGCUCGUGAGCGUGUAUUUUUCUGGUCGGUCUGCCUUUACAUUGCACUUUGUGCAUUAAAAUGUAAUAACCAGGUCAUUGUGGCAUUUCCCAGUAGAUGAUGCAGGGGGGACAAGAAGUGGCGGACCACAGAUUAGUCUUCUCCAUUAUGUUUUAAUCAUUCAUGAACUCAAAAAGGAUUUUCAUGUAUUUAUAAAGUUCAAUAUCAACAGGUCUCUCCGGGCUUCUUCUGCCAUGUUGUGAUGUUAAACAAUGUACUGUAUAAGAUACUACGCCACUAUGCUCACAUGUUGGGGACAUAGAGGUUGAAUUCUUAGAAUUCAAAUUAUUGUAAGAAACAGCAAGUAGUCCCGUAAUUUCAUUGUAAAACCAAACAUGGACUACCGAGGCUUUAUUCAUUUCUGCACUUGCAGCUUUUUUCUAAACGCUCUCUAUUAGAUUUAAAGUGAAAUAACGUUGACCUCACUAGGGUCCUGCUGUAGGUAUCAGUAUCUUUCCAUUCAAAUCGUACAAUCCCGAUCAUCCGGAUCAAACAAUAACACAAUAAAGAGCUGUCUCUAACUCAAUGAA